AUGGGAUGUGGUUGUAUUACAUCAGCUGCUGAAAACCCUAACAGAGUUUCAAGAGUCGAUGAUUUCAAUAUAACAGCAAAUGAUCUUGUUGUAAAAAAGUUAGGAAAAAUCAAUAAAGAUUAUGAUAUUAUUAGACCUUCAAUAGGAAAAGGUAUUUGUAAAAUACUAUUACCAUUUAGGUAGUUUUGGAAAGGUUUAUAAAGUUAUACAUAAAGUUUCUGGAGUUUAGAGAGCAGUCAAAGUGAUUAGAGCAACUCAAUUAGAUUAAGAUAAAAUAGCUUAAGAAGUUUUAAUUUUGAAAAAAAUGGUUAUCAAAUAAUUUAAUAGCUAGGAUCAUCCAAAUAUAUUAAAAGUUUAUGAAUUUUAUUAAGAGGGAAACUAUAUUUCAAUAGUUACUGAACUAUGUACUGGGGGAGAAUUAUUUGACAAGUUAUCAAAAGGUUAGAGUUUUAAUGAAGAUUUGGCUGCAAUAACAAUGAGAUAAAUACUAUCAGCAGUGAAUUAUUGCCAUUCUAAUAAUAUUGUACAUAGAGAUUUGAAGCCAGAAAACUUAUUAUAUGAGAGCAAAGAUAAAAAUGCUCUUCUUAAAUUAGUUGAUUUUGGAACUAGCAGUGUCAUCCAAUAGAAGAUGAAAUAAAAGCUUGGAACCCCAUAUUAUAUAGCUCCAGAAGUGUUGAAUGAAAAUUACAAUGAAAAAUGUGAUGUUUGGUCUUGUGGUGUGAUACUUUAUAUCUUACUAUGCGGAUAUCCACCAUUUUAAGGGGGCACUGAAGAAGUUUAUAUUAACUAUACUUGUAGAUGAUUAUGGUAAAGGUGAAGGAAGGAAAGUACAAUCUUGAAACUGAAGAUUGGCAAUGCAUUUCUGAAGAUGCCAAAAAUUUAAUUACUAAAAUGUUAAGAAAGUAUUGAAUUAAUUCUUUAUAAAAAAGAGAUCCAACACAAAGAAUUAAUGCUAAUGAAGCACUUAAUCAUUCAUGGAUCUAAAAAUUCACUUCUGUUGUUGAUGUUUCUAAUUUAAAUAAAGUUCUAUAUAAUAUAAGAACUUUUUAAGCUGUUUGUAAAUUGUAAGAGGCAACUUGGAUAUUUAUGGUUAAUAAUCUGGCCACUUCUGAUGAAAAAGCUUCCAUUAUGAAAGCAUUUUAAGCUUUAGAUCUUAAUCAUGAUGGAUUAUUAAGUAAGGAAGAAUUAAUUAUUGGGUUUUCUUAAAUUAUGAGUUAAGUAGAGGCUGAAAAAGAAGUUUCUAGGAUAAUGAGACUCAUUGACAAAAAUAAUAGUUAACUUAUUGAUUAUACAGGUUCAUUUUUAUUUUUAUUUAGAAUUUCUUAUGGCAAGCACAAGCAGAACUGAAUUUCUUGAUGAUGAAAGAAUUGAAAAAGCUUUUUAGAUGUUUGAUCUUGAUAAAAGUGGUGGAAUCUCUCAAGAAGAAAUCUGUGAAGUUUUAGGUGGAGGAACACUUUAUGAUAAAAAAGUUUGGUCAGAUUUAAUUAAAGAUGUUGACAUAAAUGGAGAUGGAGAAGUAACAUAUUAUUUGAGUUAUUUAAGAUAUAAUUAGAUGAAUUCAGAUAAAUGAUGUUAUCUAUGAUAACUAAAGAAUGAUG